CCCUCCGUCCUUCACUCCCCAUGUCCCGUAGUUUUUCUCCCUUCUCACUCAGCUGUCUUCUUUCUCUGUGAUUAAAUGGAGAAGCUGGGUUCCCCGGACCCUGCACCACCCUCGCCGGGUGCAGAGCCCGUCGCUGGGCUUUCUGCUGCCAAGACGGCCGACGCUGAGGGAGACGAGGCAGCAGCCAGUUCCAAACUUUGUCAGUUGGCAUGGGUGAAAAGGUGGCUGCCACUGGAAUACAGAGUGGAACUCUACCACCUCUUACACCUCACGGGCCCACUGCUUCUGUCUCGGAUUCUCAGCUUCCUCCUGAUGUUUGUCACCACCAUAUUCUGUGGUCACAUUGGCAAUGCAGAACUGGCAGGAUUUGCACUGGCCUCAGCGACCAUUAACGUGACCACCACUUCAACAGGCUAUGGCCUUUCCCUGGCUUGUGACACGCUGAUUUCUCAGACAUUUGGUGGCAAGAACAUGAAACGUGUGGGAGUAAUCCUACAGAGGGGUUCAAUCAUCCUGCUGCUGUUUUGUCUGCCCUGCUGGGCCAUUCUCAUCAACUCUCACAACUUACUACUCAUCAUGCACCAAGAGGCCGAAGUGGUGAGAAUUGCCCAGCUCUACGUGAUGGCCUUUUUACCAGCUGUUCCAGCCAUGUUACUUUAUAACCUGCAGGUUACCUACCUACAAAACCAAGGGAUUAUUCUUCCUCAGAUGUACACCGCAGCAGCAGCAAACAUUUUAAACCUGGGGGCCAAUUACGUCUUAAUCUUCAGCCUCCAGUUGGGCGUCAUAGGAUCGGCGAUCGCCAACAGCCUCUCUCAAAUCACCCUCUGCCUGCUGUUGUAUGGCUACAUCAGAUGGAAGAAGCUCCAUCUGCAGACGUGGGGAGGCUGGACCACUGACUGUUUGCAGGAAUGGGGCUCCUACAUGAAGCUGGCUAUUCCCAGUGUGUUUAUGAUCUGCUUUGAAUGGUGGAUCUGGGAAAUUGGCUCUUUCCUUUCAGGUGUACUUGGUGAGGUGGAUCUUGCUGCCCAGCAUAUUAUAUUGGAAAUAGGAACCAUAACAUAUAUGUUCCCUCUGGGUAUUCAAACAGCCACCUGUGUACGAGUUGGCAAUGCUCUGGGGGCCGGACACACCGCCAGGGCCGUAGUCACCUGCAAAGUGGCCCUGGUUCUAGCAGGACUGCUUGCCGUGCUUCAGGGUAUCGUCCUUGCUGGCUGUAAGCCCUACCUUGGCUACAUAUUUACCUCUGACGAGAACAUCGUGAAGCUUGUCUCAGGGAGCCUCACGGUCCAAACAUUUCUACAAUUCUUUGAUGCGAUCCUGUGCGUCUGCUCAGGGAUUCUUGUCGGAUCUGGGAUGCAGAAAAUUGCUGCCUUGUCCCACCUGGUGGGCUACUACAUCAUCGCUCUGCCAGUAGGAAUAGCUCUGAUGUUUGCUGCCGAGCUCAGAAUAUUAGGCUUCUGGCUGGGUCUCCUAAUAUGUCUUGUCUUUGAGACGGGUUUGUUCCUCGCUCUCAUCUUCAAACUAAAUUGGAAGAAAGUCACACAAAAGGCUCAACAGCGAGCUGGAAGGAAAAUGCUGGUGAUACCAAAACGCCCUGUGAGUACAGUACUGGGUGAAGCGAUGAUGCCUCAUGUCCCUGACGUCCCUAACAAAGCCCAGUCGGACGGAGAAGUCGUUAAGGAGUCAGAUGGCUACAGUCUGGUUAACACCCAGGAUCAGGAGCUGAAAGCAGGUCACAAGGCCGAGAGCAACAACACCAGCACGCGGGGCGCUGGUGGCGAUGCCGAGCAGAGCAAACACACUACAAACACCAAAACUCAAGAGCUACUUUCCGUCACUCAGCUGAUCUUGCGACGGGGACUCGUAGUCUCGGCUAUGGUUCUUAUUCUGGCCGUAGGUGUUGCUUUCUACAUCGUGUUCCCUGCUCCAGAGCCCUCCACUCAGAGCAUGUCCAACUUCACCCUGAACUGGGCCAAUGUUUCCACUCCCACCCCAUCGGCUCCUCUGGACCUGACCCAGACCCUCUGAGCCGAGUUUCAACUCCUACUGUAGCAGCUGAAUACAGUUCUGACAAACUGGCAAUUCACAACUAGAGAGAAAAAGUGUUGAAUUUUGCCCAAGAUGUCAACUCAUGUUGAAAAAAGCUCAGGUUGUCAUUUUGUAAAACAUCAGCUCCACAGGGGCUGCUUCCUCUUUUACACACAGAGAAAAAGAUGUGUCCGUUCUGCACUGCUGAGAAAUACCACAGAAGUAGCCGAGGAAAUAUCAAGAGAGACUGAAAGUGACAGUUUGAACAAAGGUCUUGUCACAAAGAUCAUGUUUUAACCUGCUCAGCCUGAGAUGCUCAACUGGGACAAGAGGACACAUUAGUUAUAAACCUGUCUCUAAGAGACCAUGUGGGAAUCAAGGAACAAAUGUUUUUCCACUGACACUCUGAUUUUUUGUAGCUAUUCUUGUCUAGAUUUAAAUAUUGCACCGUGACAUAUAUUCUCUUAAAUCAUUUUCUCGUGUUUUAACUUUUGACUGAUUGUAAAUAGGCAACGUAAAAUUGACAUAUUUACAUGUAAAUAUGUAAAACUCUAUAUGAGUGAGCUAUAUGCUACUUUUCUUUUGUCAAUUUUAUAUUUCCAUAACACAGGUGUUUGAUAAUAAUAAGAGUUCUUUUUUACUGUAUAUUUAGGGCCAAUGAUGGAAUUCACUUUGAUUGCAAUCAAUAAAAAUGAUUUUUUUGAAGUAUGGGAAAAUAUAAAGAAUACACAGGAUGAUUAAAAAGUGCAACCACAAAUUAUUGUGGACUUGCUGUUGACGUCAUAUAUGUGUCCAAUAUCCAAUGGCAUUAAAUGCAAAUAUUUUAUUUUAACUGCAGCCAUAACUUGAUUAAAUUCCAGUUGUCAUUGUACCACGUAGCAACAAAACCCAGAAGUUAAUAUGCGAUUCCUUGACUGUAUCACAAGUUGUCGUUGUAUAACAGUGACAGGAGAUCUUUACACAGUUACUUGUUAAUGACGCCACAGCAUGUUACUGAUUGCAGCCUCUGGAGGUGAGCAGGCCAAGAUUACAGUCUCUGUGAGGAGCCGGUCUCUGUGAGUCAGUGUCUCCACUGAUGAGCAAGACUGAGGCUCAGACAACGAUUUAACCAUGUAUGAAUCAAGCCUGAUUUACAUAUGAUAAUGAUAAAUUCAUACGCAGCUUCUUAUGUGACUGCUGCCGACAUCAAUCUGUUGCAAUCCAGUGCUGGUGUCGGUUUGGGGUAGGAGAGCAGUGGCUUCUGGGUGCACUUGCUUAAAAACCUUUAUGGAAACAGACCUAUAAAGCUGUUGAAAUGAAUAAAUCAGAAGAUGCCUUACAAAGGUUAUUGUGCAUUCACCUGCUCCUUGAACUUUAAUGUGCUUGGAAGUUGGAAUGUUGAAAAAAAAAUAGAGAUGUGCAAAUGUGUUUUUUUAGAGUGUUUAAACCACAUCUCGACACCUCUUUCCAAUAUUUAACAUAGAAAUGAAGAGCAAAGGUAUAACAGGCAUAUAAAUAAUUUAAAAAGUUAAUGUUUGCAAUGAACAGUGAUGUUAGGCGAUAAGUGAUGACGUCAGCGAUCUUUGGGAAAUAAACUCAUUUGCUUUCUGGUUAGAGUUAGAUGUGAUUUCUACUAUUCUGUUAGCUUAGCUAGGACUGCAGGAAGCAGCUAGCCUGAAAGCCUUUAGAGAUACAAGCCAACAGUUUCCCCAGGAAAUAACCCGAGGGUAUUGGUCUGAAAAUGUAGUUAUAUUUUGAUUGUGUAAAAUUUGGUUUGAUUAAAUUAUAAAGGACUGUU